AUGCCUCCCAAGGCCGCGACCAAGAAGGCUGCUGCGCCUAAAGCCAGCGCGCCCAAGAAGGCCGCGACUACCGCUGCUGCGACGAAGAAGGCCGCUGAGGCAACCAAGAAGACCGCCGCAAAGCCCGUCGCGAAAAAGGACACAACCACCAACGGCGCGACAGCCGCCUCCAAGAAGCGCAAGCUCGCGGAAGAGGAGGAAGUGGACGAGUCUGCCGACGAGGCCGCCGAGGAGGCUGAGAAGCCCGCGGCUAAGAAGACGGCCAAGAAGGAUGCCGAGCCGGUGGCGAAGAAGACAAAGCCUGUCACUGCUGCCGCGAAGAAGAAGGCCGCUGCCGCUGAAGAGACCGAGGAUGAGUCCAAAGCCAAGAAGCCUGUGAAGAAGGUCGCCGCAAAGAAGGCCGAGCCCAAGAAGACUGCUGCCGCCAAGAAGGCCGAUACAAAGGCCGCUGCCGCAAGCAAGAAGCGCAAGUCUAGCGAAGAGACCGAGGACGAGAAGCCCAAGGCGAAGAAGUCCAAGACCGAUGAUGCUGAGGUCGACAGCCAGGCCACUGAGUCCGCCAAGGCGACCGAAUCUGCUGACGAGGAGCCCGAGGCUGACAAGCCUGCAAAGGCCACCAAGAAGACUGCCACUGCUGCUCCCAAGCCUCCUCCCGCCCAUCCUCACAAGGUUGGCAAGAAGAUCAACUCUGCCCCCACACAAGUCCUCGACGUCUACGUCUUCGGCGAGGGCUCUUCUGGCGAGCUCGGUCUCGGCAGCAAGAAGCUCGACGGCAAGAAGGUUGUCGACGUCAAGCGCCCCAGACUCAACCCCCACCUCUCCGCCAAGGACGUCGGUGUUGUUCAGAUCGCCUGCGGUGGCAUGCACGUCGCUGCGCUGACCAAGGACAACAAGAUCCUGACAUGGGGAGUCAACGACCAGGGCGCUCUCGGCCGCGACACCAACUGGGACGGUGGACUGCGCGAUGCUGAUGCCGAGGAGGAAGAGGACGAUGAUGAUGAUGACUCUGGCAUCAACCCUCGCGAGAGCACCCCUACCGCUGUCGGUGCCGAGCACUUCGCCCCGGAGGCCAAGUUCACUCAGGUUGUGGCAAGUGAUAGUGCCACCUUCGCCUUGACGGAGGACGGUAGAGUGUACGGAUGGGGCACGUUCAGGUCGAGCGACGGUAUUCUCGGUUUCACCGACAAGAUCCAGAUCCAGAAGACCCCCGAGUACCUCCCCACUCUCAAGAACAUCACCGCGCUUGCUGCCGGUUCCAACCACAUCCUGGCCCUUGAUGACAAGGGUGUUGUCGUUGCGUGGGGCUGCGGUCAGCAGAACCAGCUCGGACGUCGCAUCAUCGAGCGCAACAAGCUUUCGUCGCUUGUCCCCCAGAGCAUGGGUAUCCCCAAGGGUAAGGUUGACCGCAUUGCCUGCGGAUCCUACCACAGCUUUGCCUUGGCCAAGGACGGCCGCGUUUGGGCCUGGGGUCUCAACAACUUUGCCGAGACCGGUAUCGAGAUGGGUGCUGGUGAGGACGACGCUGUUGUCCUGAGACCUACCCUCGUUGAGUCCCUUAAGGACUACAAGGUCAAGCAGAUUGCUGGUGGAGAGCACCACUCCCUUGCCUGCACUGAAGAUGGCAAGCUCUUGACAUGGGGUCGUCUGGACGGCCACCAGGUCGGCAUUCCUGUUGAGGAGCUCCCUGCGGACAGGGUCAUUAAGGAUGAGAGCAACAACCCUCGUAUCCUCUCGAAGCCGACCGUUGUUGAGGACAUUGCCAAGUGCGUGUACGUCGCCGCCGGCGUCGACAACAACUUUGCCAUCGACAACAAGGGCGAGGCUCACUCUUGGGGCUUCUCUGCCAACUACCAGACUGGCCAGGGCACGACCGAGGACAUUGAGACCCCCACCACCAUUGACAACACUGCUGUUCGCGGCAAGAAGCUCGUCUUCGCUGGCGCUGGUGGCCAGUACUCCAUCCUGGGUGGUGCUGCCGACGUCCCCAAGGUCAACGGUUUCGCAGCUUUGGCAGCCAGCCAGCCGGCAACUGGUGGCUUCAGACCCGUCUUCUAA